AUGAAGUCGCUAAUCCUUAAGGUUUUUCUGCCGUUUUUACUUUUGGAGGUCCUGUUUCUUAGCAGAGCACACUCACUUUCAACAGUGUUUAAAUUCGAUUGUGAUGAAAAUUGCACCUCGAUCCUGAUCACCACACUCUCUAAAUUUGUACAUAAGACAAACAUUGCUAAGGACUUGGAAAAACGCUUGGUGGAAGCUAAAAAUCAAAACAAAUUCCUCUCUGAAGAGCUGUCUAAAGUUGGUUGGACCACUAUUCAAAAACGUUUUGACGGCUCUGAGAACUUUAAUCGACCCUGGAUGGAUUAUAAAAAUGGAUUCGGAGAUGUGAAUGGCGAAUUUUUCAUCGGACUAGAAAAAAUUCACGUUAUGACUCGGGACCGACCACAUGAACUUUAUAUCAAACUUGGCAACAUUGAAGGAUUAACAAGCUACGCUCACUAUAAGGAUUUUAGUAUUGGAAGCGAGGAAGAGUCGUAUCAGCUAAAGUCACUGGGAAAAUUCUUUGGUACGGCCGGAGACUCCCUAAGCCAGAAUGUGAACCAAACAUUCACUACGUACGACAGGGAUAAUGACAAUUCCCCUGACAAUUGCGCUUGUCCUGAAGUAGGUGGCUGGUGGUACGACAAUUGUAGCAAGAGGUAA